AUGUCGUGGCUUUUGCAGAAAAUCGUCCAUAAUGAGGCGAUGAAAAGUGACCCUAAGGAGAUUUAUGGCUGGAGAGUCUACAUGCUGGCUUGUUCUGCGUGCUGUGGAGGAAUGUUAUUUGGUAUGGAUUCUGGGAUUAUCGGCGGUGUCCUAACCAUGCCGCCAUUUGAGCAGACAUAUGGUUUGGAGUCUCUUGAUGAUGUAGCCCAAGCAAAUCUAUCCGCCAAUAUCGUCUCCACGCUCCAAGCCGGCUGCUUCUUUGGAGCUCUGCUAGCCUCUCCCGCGGCAGACAAAUGGGGUAGACGACUAUCCUUGAUAGGGUCAGCUGUGAUUGGAAUUUUUGGUGUUAUAAUGCAAGCGUCGGCAAGCGGGCAUUUGCCAGCAAUGUAUAUUGGACGGCUGAUCACCGGCUUCGGAGUUGGUGCUGCAUCAAUGAUCAAUCCUCUCUACGUUUCUGAGAACGCACCUCGUGCAAUUCGCGGCGGCCUUACAGGUCUCUACCAAUUCUUCAUCACAAUGGGCAUCAUGCUAGCAUUCUGGAUCAACUAUGGCGCCUUGCUUCAUCUGUCUGGAUCGACUAUGUAUCUUGUUCCAAUUGCAAUGCAGGGUCUUCCUGCUGUACUUCUUUUCGGGGGUAUGAUGCUAUGUAACGAGUCUCCGCGAUGGCUUGCCAAGCAGGAUAGAUGGGAAGAGGCCCGCUCCACGUUAAGUAAGGUUCGUGCGUUACCCGCCGAUCACCCUUAUCUUGAAGAGGAAUUCCAAGCCAUUGCCCAACAGCUAGAACAAGAACGAUCAUUGGUUGGAGGUUCUGGAUUCUGGGACCUUAUGAAGGAAAUGUGGCUUAUUCAUGGUAAUCGGAAACGAGCCAUGAUCUCCAUAUUCUUGAUGGUUUGCCAACAGAUGACGGGCACCAAUGCUAUUAACUAUUACAGCCCACAAAUUUUCAAAAACCUAGGAGUAACCGGAAACGCAACAAAUCUCUUUGCAACAGGUGUCUACGGUAUUGUUAAAAUGAUCAGCUGCGGCGUUUUCCUUGUUUUUGUUGCCGAUUCCCUAGGUCGCCGACGCUCGCUUUUGUGGACAUCAGUGGCACAAGGUCUUGCAAUGAUGUACAUCGGACUAUACAUCCGCAUCGCUCCGCCAGUUGAAGGUGCUCCCGUGAUUCCAGCAGGCUAUGUUGCCCUCGUGUGUAUUUUUCUCUUCGCAGCCUUUUUUCAGUUUGGAUGGGGUCCCGUCUGUUGGAUAUACGUCUCGGAGAUCCCCACUGCGAGGUUACGUUCCUUGAAUGUUGCUUUUGGUGCAGCGACGCAGUGGCUCUUCAAUUUUGUGGUAGCAAGAGCCGUUCCAAACAUGCUAGCUAGUGUUGGUGCAAAUGGAUACGGCACGUAUAUCAUUUUCUCAUGUUUCUGCUUUUCCAUGGGCGUAUUUGUAUGGUUUUUCAUUCCAGAGACCAAAGGCCUGUCUCUAGAAAAGAUGGAUGAUCUCUUCGGUGUCACCAAUCUGGUACAGAAGAUCGGGCAGAACCAGGGUGUAGAUGCUUUAGACAAAGCUGAUGCAUCUCAUAUUGAGCGGGCAGUGACUUGA